CACGAUUUCUUUCUAGGAGCUAGCCGUUAAACCAGCCACUGUAAUCACAGCAGCAGGGGAACGCUCCCCCUUUCCCUAACCAUCCAUGAUCAUCGUCUUCCCUUUCACACCCACCGCCCCAGCACCACACAUGGUUUCCUAGAAAACCUCGCCAAAAAAAACCCACUAAAACCCACUCUCACUCACUCUUACCUUGCGACUCUGUUCUCUGAAAAAAUAGAGAUGUCUGAUUUCGGCUUCGGGAACCUCUCCGACACCGACGAUUCCGCCGUCGAGGAGCUCAUCUCCCAGACCCGAGACCUCUGCGUCCUCGAACAAGUCUCCAAAAUCAACUGCUCCGACUUCAACGAUUCGCUUCUCCCCUCCGAUUUGGAAACCCGCUUCCGCAAGCUCAAAUCUUUCCCUGUUUCCUCAACCAGACCCGCCGCCUCUGCUUCUACUGGUGUCGUCCCCAAAUCCCUCUCUAAUUCAAAGAGCGAGCUUCAUCGUCGUGGCGGAAGAGGGUUUGAUGAGGGAUUUGAGAGCCCUUCUGACGAUCCCAGAGUGAACACAAGCGAUGGGCAAGUGCCAAAAAUUGCUGCUGCCGCUGCGGCGAAUGUUUCUUCUCCCCUGAAUUCUUUGGCGGAUGAAGAGGGUUUCUCUGAGGAUCCGGGUCCGUGGAAGGGUUCCAAGAAGAAGCAAUCGAAACUUGGGUCUGUUUCCUCUCCUUCUGAUUCCUCGAAUUCCUGUAUUGAAGAUGUUAUUUACUCGCAAUCUGAAGAAAGGGCGGCUGUUGGGAUGACGAGGAAGAGCUCGAAUUCGAACUCAAAAUUGAAGUCCAAGCCUUUUAUUGGUUCUCCUUUGGGCUCGUCCAAUUGCUCCAGGGAUUCGCCUUCUCCUCCACGGAGACCAGGAUGCUUUUGGUGCUCUCCGAAGAAACCCACCAGUAAGAAGAGUAAAGAGAAUUGGGAUUUGGGAAACGAUGGAGGAGACGAGUUGUUGACUGAUUUAGGGAUCUUUUCAGAGAAAGAACAGGAGAAGAUACUGAGGAAGGCGAUGAAAGAAGAAGAGAGAAUCAACAAGGAGGCAGUGAAAAUUGUAAAGUGGGCAAAACAGGCUUCAGCCAGGAGGAGCUAUCAUGGGACUGAAGAUGAUGAUGAUCUCAGUGAUGAUAAUGCGACUUCAAAAUAGUUUUGCUAAAUGUUUUCCCUUUCCAUUUGGCUUGCAUAUCGUAUCAGUUCAUACAUGGAAGAAAUGGUGGACACGUUAUACAUAUAUAGUAGUGUUAGUAUAUUAAUGUGGUUGGAACAAACAUAUAGAAGUACUUGCGUUCUAUUCUUUCUUUUGGCUGUAAUGCUUGCUUACUACAAACUGGAUGUCUUUUAUUGUGUUGGUGAUCUUCUUGUGCCAAUUUUGCUGUAUAUAGCAACAAGCUAAGUAGGGUGGGUGCUGAUUGAUUUGUCCGUCCUUCCAAAACUUGGUUACUGAAUUGGUUGCUUUGGGACUCUUUAAGUUCUAACACCCAAGCUCUGUUUUACCUCUGUUGCGGUAUGUUUGUGGUGGCAAGCAAUUACAUUGCUUUUUUUUUUUAUAACCAAUCUAAAUAUUAUUGAUUAAGGUGGCAAAAUGGCAUUACAGUCCUUCAGCAGUUACUGAACAAUGAAAAUAGAAGGUCUAU